ACGGCGAGUCACUCCGGCACUACGGCUGGUGUUGUCGCCUUCGUCAGCAGUCAGUCUCCGAUCAGCCCAUGAACGAGCAGCACGCGAAAGCGGUGUUUCUCUCGCGCAUCCCCCCCACACACGGAAUAACCGAGAGUCAAUCGAGGUCGCGUGUCACUUUAAUACACAACUUCUAGUGAGGAUAAAGAGGUGCCAGUCGGCACAUCAACAGAACAUUAAGGUCCCGAAAAUUGUUUGUGGAUACUAAGCGAAAAAUAAAAAAAAAUCGCACAGUGCAAUACUACAGGACAUCAAGUGCAAGUGUGUUUACACCUAGUGGAGUAACGCGUCCGAGGCACACCGCAAGGAUACCGCAAGUGUGUGCAAGGACCCCCGUGAACCGGUGUCUUCCGGAAAGAGACGCACACGUCUCAAUUACAACAUAGUUAGAGCAGUGUCGUGCGCGACACCCUAGAGUGCUACGAUUAGAGAGCUAAUCGAGCAACCGAAAGAGUUAAGAUAAAGCAGCAACAACAAGAAACCAAAAAAGCAAGCAAGAGUCGAAGACAAGUGCAAGGCAAAGAGAGUGUCGGUCGGUUGGAUACCGCGCGAAGGUGAGAAGAACCGACACAAAGUGGUUGAGCAGCGAAUCUCGGUGUGUCUUAAAACGGUUAAUAAGAAACAGCUAACGGCAAGGUCGUAUCUAAGAGCAGCGCUGCGGCGAGAAGAAACGAAGAGAGCGUGAGCACGCAAAGCAGUGAAGGAAAGACGAAAAGCUGUGUGCGACUUGGAGUGUGAAGGCUGGAUUUGAAUGAAACCAAAACUGAUCAGAAGGAGCAAUAGUUGAAGAGCAGAGGAAAAUUGAAGUGUGUGUGUGUGAAGACGCAGGGAUUUGCACGUUGUGAAAUCGGUCGAGCCCCAAACAAAAGAGAAACUAUUUAGUGCGCGCAGCACUGAAGAAGCAGAGCAUCGAAAGUGAACAACUUGAAGAGACGCGGAACGUCAUGAAAUAGAGUGAAUUGUGUGACGAACGAAGAAACAGUGAUCGCGAGCAGUGUUUUUGUUUUUUGUUGAUUCGCCAACUUUGCUGGUCCAUAUUUCUGACGGACGAGAGGCGGAGUAGCAAAUAAUGACCCUGCCGACGAAUCCGGGCAACGCCGGUCUGGCUGGCGAGGACGAGUCGGACAUGUUCGGGCCGCCGCACACGUCCCCGCCGGUGCGCCGCAAUCGGCCCAAGGUGCCGAUGAUCUCCGCCCAGCUGCGGAUGCGGGAGGUGCGCAAGCGGAUCCUGCAGCUGUGCGUGCACAAGCUCGAGCGCAUCAAGGACUCGGAGCGGAACCUGCGCCGGUCGGUGUGCAUCAACAACACCUACUCACGGCUGACGGACGAUAUCCGGCGCGAGAAGCAGCACAAGUACCUGAUGCUGAACCAGCUGACCAAAUCCGACAAAGCGGACAACGUCAACAACAACAACAUCGACACCAGCAACAAGAACAGCAACAAUGAGAAUCUGAACAACAGCAACUACCAGCACCACCGAGCGGACGAGCUCAGAUCCAGCAACAACAACAACAACAAUGACGCAAGCAGUAUUAACAACAACACCCGAAGCGCGGAGGAGCGCAAGAGUCCAAAGAAGAGCUCGGCGUCGGUGGAGACCGACCUGGAGACGCUGGACCGGGAGCUGUGCGCGCUGGACGCGGCCAUGCCGCUGGUCGAUCCGGAAAUCACGCAAGGUGCCGAACAGCUCGAGCAGGCGAUGAUGUCGCGCAAGCGCAAGUUCUCCCAGAAGGACGACGACGACAACAACGACCGGCUGGUGCGCGAGGCGCUGUCCCAGUUUUACCUGCCCAGCAACCGGCUCUUGUCCGGUAUUGACGACUGCCCGACGCACCACCUGCUGUCCGGUCCGCUGGACGCCAAACGCACCAAAGUGGAUCUCCUCGAGCACAAGUACCAGCAUCACCACCACCAUCCCUUUCACUCGCUGCCGGACUUGAACGUGGCGCUCGAGCUGACCAACCAAAGCCACCAGAAAGACUUCGAGGUGAUCAUGGACGCGCUGCGGAUAGGGGCGGCGGCGGCCGCUGCCGGAAGCUCGAUGGUGAGCGCGGGCGCCACCGGCUGCGGCAGCACCACCGGCAACAUCGACUCGUGCGGCCAGGCCGCGAUGAUGAUGGCCGGCGAGGCGGGUAGCGUGUUCCACAACCUGGUGGUGACGUCGCUGGAGACUUGAAAGUAGGCCAACGUGCCACCUCUUGCGGCCUUCGGCAGUAGCAGCGCCACCACCUGGUGCUGGUGGCGACCACCAGCAAUACUACCAACUCCUAGUUUUUAAACGGCAGCGCGUAGCCUUCCACAUGCAUUGAUCUUAAUUUAUUUCGAACAUCGCGACGCGCCAUCUCGCGUCGAGCAUCAUUAUUUAACAGAACAACCAACAACGUGUUAGCAUUAUUAUCAAUCAAAGGAUUAUUUAUAAAAAAGAAACAAUUUCGCCUCUAGCCAAACGCGACAACCAACCACAACAACAAGGCUGACGGAAACCAAUUUCGCCAGCGCGCGAAACACUAGGGGCCGGCCACAACAAUGUGACGUUUCGCACAACAGAGUGCGCCUCAACUCACACACACACCCAAACGCACGUGCAUCGCAGCAGUCGCGUGCGUGCGAAUCGUGUGUGAAGCAAGCAGAGCUAGAAAAACAACAACAACUUGGCCGUGGUGGUGGCAGCAAGCCGUGCAAAACGAGGAAAAAUGUAAGUGAAAGUGUGCGCGCGGCGGCACAAAAGGAAAACUAAGCUGCGAUGAGCAGCACGGCCUGCUGCCACCACUACCACCACUAAUCAAGUGUUCGAUUUAAAUAACUCGCUCUGUUUAUCGGUUGAGUAAUCAACUCCGCGCUACGUCAUCGGUGGUCGGUCCCACCCCUCCUCAAGUGUUUGAAAGAAUAUCGUUGCCAAAAUUAAACUUUGUUUUAAAAACUCGCAAACUUGCCAAGAUUCUUGGCCAAAUUACUAGAAAAAAAGGGCUCGCACACACAUACGGCACACACACGCAGCGAAUAGCUUUUUUCAAGUGGGCGCGUGUGUGUGUGCGGCGCUGAUCCUCUCUUACUCGCGGCGCACUCAUCUUUCUCUCACUUUUCUUCUGACCUACAAACUAAUGAAAAAGCUGAACAAAAAGAUGAAAGUUUCCUUUUGCCACCACAACUACAACAGAAUGAGAAGAUGAAGAAAAAGUAACACACACACAUUAAAGAGGAAAAUUUAUAGUAAACAGUAUCUGUGAUAUUAGCCGUAAGGUGCGUAAAGAGUUAGCAGUAAAUAGUAGGCAAAAUAUGAUAAGAAAAAGAGUAAUUUCGCGGUGUGUCUGCGCGCGUAGUUAGUGUGCUGUAAAAGCGAGAGGGAGUCACUCAGUUGAGAUUUUUUUAACGUUUUUCUUCGCUCACAUAACCCUCUAGCGAUGAUUUAGCGAAGAAAACAAAACCAAACUAUUCCAAUGUGCGAGUGUGUGAAGAAUACUUGAACAAAAAAAACUGAAAGCGCAAUUUUACCCAUUUUUCCUAUAAAUACACAAACCUAGUACACGCUAAAAACUAACCAAUUCGGUUCCGGCUGUGCUCGCGCAGCUCCAAGACCAACCAGAGAGAGCGGGAGAGAUAUGUUAGGUUUCAAACAUGAUCGCCAAAACCCCUUACUGCUUGUCCAAUCAACCGCAAACAGACGAAGGCAGAGCUGAGACCAAAGCUGACAAAUCACCAGAAGAGAGUAUAAUUCAACCACUUCCAAAAUUGAGAAAAUCAUAUGGCAUUACAAAACAAAAACCCUGUACGCACAGCGUACAUAAACCGAUCACGAGAUCCCCCAAAAAAAAAACUUGUUCAAAUUUGUUACUAAUUUAAUUUGCCAAAAAGAAGCAGAAGUGAAAACAUUCCGCCAUCAGGAGAAAAAAAAUAAAAAAAAAAACAAAACUCAAGUGCACUGACCGAAUUGCGAAGCAAUUUCGGAGUUUCAAAAAAAAAA